AUGAGGAACGGCGAGUACGAUCCAGAAGCCUUCCCCACCGAGCUACUUGCCGCAGUCUAUGGACAUGCAUUGCCCUUUUGUAUCUUCGAUGAUCAGCUUUGUAUCGAGGUAUACACUCCGCCAUCUACCGACUCACUGUUCCGUAUUGCCUGGUCAGCUGCACAUCCCAAGUUUCACACCCCGUCACUAUCAGUAGUUCAGACGCUUCUACUGCUUGUUCAAAGAAGACCAACAAACAAGCAUGUGGCAGAUACACCGGUCAAGUGGACAAUGGUGACUGACGCUGUGUCUAUCGCACAAUCGCUGGGCCUCAAUCUGGAUCCUACUGACUGGCCACUUCCUCUAUGGGAGCAAAGACUGAGAAGAAGAUUAGCCUGGGCUGUCUUUACCCAGGAAAAGUGGAUCGCUCUCAACACCGGUCGAAGCUCACAUAUUAUCUUAGACGACUGGGACGUGAAUCCGCUAACACAAGACGACUUUGAACUUGCUGAAGAUAGCAACGAUCGAGCUUAUUCCGAGUAUUUCAUACAGUUGUCUUCAUUGACUGAGAUCGUGGACGAUAUCCUUCGUAACUUAUUCUCGAUCAAGGCAACCAGAAAACUCUGCAGUUCUCUUGAUGCGACGCUUGAAGUGGCUAAGCCACUACGUGUACGGCUGAGCAAAUGGUAUCAGGAACUACCACCAGACCUUUUACCCAACGUCAAAACGGGGUAUGUGCAUGAUCUGGAUGCACGAGGUGGAUUGCAUCUAGCCUACAUUACAGCAAAGAUUCAGCUUUUCCGCGCCAUGUCUCGUCCGAUGAGCGAGCCAGAAACACAAGCAACAAAUGCUCUACGAACAGGAGCGAUAGCCAUGGGCAAAGAACUCUUUGAAUAUCUAGAAGGCCUCAACGCCAACCACAUGGAAGCCUUCUGGCCGUCUUGUAAGCCUUAA